CGACAGCUGCAGCGAGGUUCCUCUUGUGUCUAUGAAAGGCUUUGGUGAAAAAUACCUGUGACGUCAUGCAGUUUAUAGUUACGUCAGCUAAUUUCACCAGUGACAAAAUCGUUUUUAAGAAUCUCUCUUGAAAAUAUGUUAUAUGACUUCUUUUAUUUAAAAAUCUUGUAUAUAUUUCUUGUCUGUUUUACAUUGCAAAUACAAGGUUCUUUUUCUUUCUAAACUCUUCCAGUGUUUCUUCUUCUUUUUCUUUUUUUUCCACACUACAACAUUUUUUCCCCAGCACCUGCAUUUUUUAAAAACAAAAUUUUAAACUGUUUGCGCAUGCGUAGUUAAAAAAAUUAAAAAUAAAAUAUUUACGCUUAUUAUUUUAAUAAUAACUUCCCAGAUGUUUUUCUUUUUUCUACUUCUCUGUGUUUUCAAUUUUUUAUCUUUUUUUUUCCCAAUAACCUUUAUGUUUCUAAUCGGUGUUUUAAAAACAAUUGUUAAAAUGGGUCCAACAUAUCGAAAUUUGUUAGUCGAGGAAGGCUUGGUAGAUUCAUAUUAUAAAAAAUUUGGAUUAAAAACUUUUUGUCUUUUACAGAGUCUCCCCAUCCUGAUGACAAAACAAAGCGAAAGGUCUGUGAACGAAGUUGUUUCCAAUAUCAAAGCGAGGUUCAAAAUUCUGGAGAUAAUGAGAUAAAAAGCAUUUCAUCUACAAAAUAAUUCAAAAUUGCACUAAAAAAUCAGCUGUUACGAAGGAAUAACGAACAAGUCUUCUUCUGAAACAACACUACGUGUGGUAAUUAAACGCUUUCUUUUAUUACACAUAUUUCAUCAAAAUUUUUACUUGUCAAAUUUUAGGCUAUGAAAUUUUUCGGGUGUGGCCAUUCCUUAUUCUACAUUAAUCCUGCUUUGUUUUAACAAACACUGGGCUGUUUUGACAAAAAUACUGGGCCCUUUCGACAAAAACACUUUCAAUCGAUGUGGUAAAAAUCAAAAAAACUUUAACCUUUUUCAAGACAAGAAAUGGUUGAACAUAGCAGUGGAUAUUCUGCGAAAUGUUUCUGAUAAAUAAAUCAUCUCUGAGGACGAGGAUGCGGGCGAAGGGUUUUUGAUUAAAAAUAAUUAAUGAUGUUUAACCUUUACAAAGAACGGGGGCGUGUGUAACAUACAGUGCAAAAAGAUUUUAUCAACAACAAAGUUAUCAGUGAAUCAUAUUUUAUUAACCUUGAUACCAGGGCUUCCAACAUUUUUUUGAUAUGAGGAUGAAAGACACGUCCUGUGAACGAGGUUGAUAUCGGAAAAAAAUUUGAAAUUUGAAUUAAAGCUUUAUCACUUUAGUAGUAGUUCUUUAAGAAACUCAGGUUUUCCAUUUUUUUUAGCUUACAAUUUUUUAUUUUUGGUUACGAUUUUUGGCCAUCUGGAUAACGAUUGAACUUGAACACUGCACUAUUGUCAGUUAAAAAAUGACUGACGAUACCAUAUUUUGCUACACUGGUUUGAUUAAGAAUUCACUGGUGAUUAAGGGGACUCCAGAAUUUGUUGAGUAAAGAAAAGCAACUUGAUUUAGUAAUAGAUACUUAUAUAUACGACUGAGUCAUCGAGACGUAGAGCAAGCUGGUAAAAGAAGCAAUUUGGACAUUUAGGCAUGAAAAUCAAAAAACAAAAAAAAACAAAAAUAUUCAGACUAGUCAAAGUGAUUUUAUAAUCUGAAAUUGACAUUCAAAAGAUGUUUUGGGUAGCUUUUCAGAAGUGUGAUAGAUAAAUUUCUUAGCAAGCUCCAGCUCAAAAAACCAAGUCAGGACCUGCAAGUUGAUAGUACCAAAUAAAAUGUUUGAAAUUGUACUGCCCUAAAGUUGUCACAGGCGUGAAAUCAAUUCUUUUUUUUUUUUAAUUUUUUCAUUUAAAACAAUACUAGCUACAAUCGUGAUCACAAUAUGUUGGGACAAGGCAGCGAAUUUCGAAGUUCGCCACCACAAGUGAUUGCGUAGGCUCAUUCUAUAUUAGAUUCACACAUCUUGAGCUUGUCAAUGUUCAGAGUGGACUAUGUUCAGAGUGGACUAUGUUCAGAGUGGACUUAGGACUUAGGUUAUUUGGUAAACACGAAGUUCUUAAAAUGCGCUAUUUUUUGCUGACGUCAGCAAGGCCAUUAAUGACGAAUUUCGCGGUCUUCGUGGUUCCCGACGUGAAUUAUGUCGGUGUGCGGGCGUGCUAAAGAAUGGGACUAGCAACUUUUCAACACUCUCUGCCUGGCCUGCUUGUGUGUAAAAGUAGCGACCUUGCAGCUUGCCGGCUGCAGAGUAUUGACUAUUUGACUCUUUUGUCUAUAUUUGGAUAAUGAGUAAAAAACUGCCUUAGUCUAUCUAUAUUUUUGUCCACGAUUGUAUCAUCCCUUUAAACGUGUCUACCUUUGUCGUUAUUUUGCAAUUAUUCACGCCCGUGUUAUAUGUCUGAUUGAUAACAUCAACGCCAUUAGGAAGGCGUAGGGACUAUAAUAGCAUUUUACUUUUCGUGAAAAAAAUACUUAGGAGGGCCAAUUAAAAAGCUUGAAUUUGCGAAAAAACUAGCGACCGUUAAAAAACACUAAUAAAUAAGUAAACUAAACAAAUUAAUAAACAGAGAUAUGAAUCAAGUGAAGCAGUUGUUAAUUGCUUCAUGCGUGAAAUUAUUAAAACACGAAGAAUAAACAUUAGAUAUUAAAAUUAUUAUGAUCAUACGGCAAGUAAGAUAAUGAAGAUUUACUUCUUUGUCGCUGCAGCAAUAAUUCAAUGCUACACCUGGGGUUAUUCUUCAGUAGUAGGAAAAUUUCUUUUUUUUUUCUUUUUUUCCCAGAACCCUUCAUCUCCGGGAAAUUAUUGGAUCGUUCUUUACUUAAUAUUCAGAAUAACGAAACCUUUUCAAGUGUACGUUUUCUGCACAGCCCUCAACUUCUCUAUUUUUUGGCUGCUCGUUUAUAAAAAAAAUCGUCGUGUGUUGCUAGGAAGUUUUUCCGAUACGGUACGGUAACCAAUAUUUUGCGAUACUACGUAACCAAUAUUUUGCGAUACUAGGUAACCAAUAUUUUACGAUACUACGUAAACAAUAUUUUGCGAUACUAGGUAACUAAUAUUUGCGAUACUAGGUAACCAAUAUUUUACGAUACUACGUAAACAAUAUUUUGCGAUACUAGGUAACUAAUAUUUGCGAUACUAGGUAACCAAUAUUUUACGAUACUACGUAAACAAUAUUUUGCGAUACUAGGUAACUAAUAUUUGCGAUACUAGGUAACAAUAUUGCCAAAAGAAACAUUUUCUUCCCCAUUGCGUCAAAUAUGCGUGCUUACCAUCUAAGAUGAAUUCACUUUGAAAAAUCUUGUUAAUUUUAUCUAUCUUAAGAUUGUUUUAGGUCAAACGCAAAGUCAGUUAUCAGAAUACGACAUUUAAUUAUUCAAAAUAUAAUAACUACAAUGAGGUAUGUGUUUCUAUUGAAUUAACAAACAGUCAAUUGUCGGAUUAGAAUGUUAGUUUAGUCUACUUAUCUACCUCAAUUUUCUACUCGACCUUUUAUUCGCCUUUUACUGUUGGUAACUGUUAGUAACAAUCAAGUUAGCCUAUCCCUUUUCGAUCAAGGCUUUUUAGCAAAAUCACAGUGGUGCAUUGCUGAGGUGGACUGCAGUACUCCCCGCCACUUUUCAACUACUGAUCCCACAAUUGAAAUGUAUAAAUGCCACCUAUCCUACCUUUCAAUAGACUUUCAUAAAUAGAAUGAAAAUUAACAUAGUUGUAAAAGUUAAAAAGAAGGAACAAAAUGAUUGUUUUUUCUAUCCUCUUACGUUCAUCGUAGCUUAAGUAACUAUUUUCUCAGCUAUUUUUGAUUUUACCAACCAACAUUUCAGACUUCCUAAAAGUUGUUUUACACUCUUUGUGCAACCACGUCCCCAGGACUAUUUGCUUCUCAACGGCGCUGCUCUUUCUGACAGUUCUAGCGAAAUUCGACGCCACGGUAAAAGGUGCUUGGGUUGAGCUUGCUUUUUGUGGUGUUUUUUUUUUGCGUUUUGGUUUCAAAAGAUGUUUUAAUUCUUCAUUUAAUGUUUCACUUUCAAAACUAUUAUCUAUAUAUAUUAUAAGAAUAAAUCAUAAAUAAAAAAAAGAAGGUUGACGUAAAAAGUCAUUUUUCAUUCAGGCGGGCUUUUUUUUCUCCAUUUAAAUUAUCUAUGUAAUAAUUUAAUUAUUGCUCUGGCUUUAGAUCACUCAUGAGCUUCAUAGGCUCUCUAAAACAAAUCAAAGAAAAGUGAAAGUUAAAAAUCUAGGCAAGACUUUCGAAGGAAGGAAAAUACUGUGUGUUGAGAUCAGCAAACAUCCCACUUCUGGUAAAGAUAAAAAGAGAAAACGGAUUGUUGUUGAAUGUGGUGCGCAUGCUCGAGAAUGGAUUUCUCCCGCCACUUGUAUGAAGCUUAUUCAAAACUUUAUGAAUGUUUCUAAACCGGAAUCAAAUAAAAUAAUAGAAAAUUUUGAUAUUACGAUCAUUCCAGUUUUAAAUCCCGACGGAUACGCGUAUACCUGGCGUAACAAAACGACACGUGGAUGGAGAAAAAACAGAUCAGUGAAGAAGGGUCAACAUUGCAUUGGUGUUGACGUGAACAGAAAUUUUCCAGAGGCUUGGGGAGGGGCUGGUUCGUCUCCGUCUCCAUGCAGCAACCUAUAUCGUGGCACACAUCUGUUGUCAGAAAAGGAACCACAAGCACUUGUAAAGUAUAUGGCAAAAAUAAAAAAUGACGUAAUCGUCUAUUUAUGUCUGCAUUCGUUUGGACAAACAUUGAGUACACCUUGGGGUUAUACUUCGGAAAAACCAAAAGAUUUUGAUGACUUGGCUAAGGUAGGAAGAACUGCAAGAGAUGCGAUCAAAAAAGUUUAUGGAACAAAGUACUCUGUGGGGAAUGCGCACAAUUACAUUUAUGCCAGUUCUGGUAACAUUGUUGAUUAUCUUCACGCACAGUUGGGAAUCAAAUAUACAUAUUUCAUUGAGAUGAGACCCAAAAAAAAGGAGUUUGUUGUUCCUGAGAGCAUCAUGUUGAAAAACGCAGAGGAAAUGUUUGCAGGAAUGGUUGCAGUAGCCGACGAGUUGAAAGAUGAAACAUAAAGAUAAAAAAUGAUACCAGGAUGUGUGAGAACUAAAAAAUGUCAAUCAAGGAAAAAAUGAGAUAUGCGAAACUGGUAGCUUCUUCGCUUCUAAUAGUCCGCAGCUCCUUCACGUUUCUCACGCCUUCGGCUUUCUUGUGGCAGUUCGUUUUAACUCGUAUCGCAAUCAGUCGUUCUUUCUAUGCAAGACAGAAAAGAUACAGACUUUUAUUUUGCUUUCUACAGGAUAUCAAACAUUUCGUGAAAAAUAGUUUGUUGCUGUGAUGCGAUUGUGCUCGAUACGCCAAUCAUAUAUUCUCUUGAUUAGUAAACUCUAGAAGGCUUUUCUAUUCUCCUAGGAAAACUUUACUAAGUCUAUUGUGUCAUUUGCGAACUUUUGUUAAACAUAAAAGAACCUGGUUGAUUUAAGACAAAAAAACUUAUGUAGUCUGCAGCUAAAUUUUUUUCGCUAUUGAUGUGUGUAUUGAGAGUUAGAACAACCUAAUUAAGUGUGUCAUGUUUCCUUAACUGCCCCCUCUCCCCUGCCACCCCCUGAAAAAAUUGGCUCUAAAGGUGGGUUUUUGAAGAAAUAAAUUAUAUAUGCCAACGAUUUGGCAUAGGAACACAAAAAGGAAAUUUAUUUUAACAAAACUAACAGGUCUAUCAUAAAAAUUAGUCUUGAACUGAAAAUGUUAAAUUGCAAUUUUCUGCUAUUUACAACACAGGAUGGACACUAACAACAGCCCGACAACUGUUUCUUGUACAGACAAUCAAAUGAACUUCCUGCUGUAGAAGAGGCGCUGUGUAUACCACCCCUGUAUUUGAAGAGAAGUUUUUAAACCAAAAUUGUCAUUACCUAUUAUUGUACGACAAAUAAAUCUAUGUUACUACAAACCAAAUCAGCAAAUGUAGCCAGGAACAUUCUACAAGAGGAAAAUAAAAAUGAUUUACGACAUUGAAUUAUGACGUUAUCCAUACUACUUAGCACUUUUACUCCAAAAAUUGGCAACCAAUCCUACCACAUAACUAACGUUAAGCCAAUCCUAUUGUUUACAAUGUAUUACUAAAUCUUUUGUACAGCCAAAAUGCCUAGUUGACCUAAUUCCACGUUCCCUCUAUGCGACAAAUGCGCAAUGCAUUCUGGUAGUUGUAGUCAACAUAAUAAACAAUAUGGCGGAACAUUCGGACUUCAUAGUAGCAGAAAAAUCAGAUAAAAACUUUACAACGGCAGAAAACAACAGCUUUUUUGUAAACUUAUGUCAUUCUCCUAAUUUUGUAUCACCAGUCGAGCCUCCUGUAUGCGAUGUAAUGUGUAUAACUUACAAAAAUGGUUUACAAACACCAAAAUCAAGU